AUGGCGACACCUCAGAAUAUCUUAAAUCCCAACAGGGUUCAAGAAUACGCCGUGUCCGUCUCAACGUCACCCUCGGCAACUUUCUCGCCACCACCGAGCAGUACCAGCGUCAGCUUUGGUGCUCUGGCUCAUGGACGGACACCAAGGGGGACAGCAAAACAGCUGAAGCCCUUCAACACUACGGACAUCAAGAUUCUGCUGCUCGAGAAUGUGAACCAGAGCGGACAGGACAUCUUGAGGGAACAGGGCUACCAGGUCGAGGCGCACAAGACUUCAUUACCAGAAGACCAGUUGAUCGAGAAGAUCCGCAGUGUGCACGUCAUUGGUAUCAGGUCAAAGACCAAGCUCUCAGAAAAGGUGCUCCGCGAGGCCAAGAAUUUGCUCGUCGUAGGCUGCUUCUGCAUUGGCACCAACCAGGUAGACCUCGAGUACGCGGCGCGCCAUGGAAUUGCUGUCUUCAACUCUCCCUUCGCCAACUCACGCAGUGUGGCAGAGCUGGUCAUAGCCGAAAUCAUCACCCUAGCCAGGCAGCUGGGUGAUCGGUCCAAUGAGAUGCACCGUGGGACUUGGAACAAGGUCAGCGCCAAAUGCUGGGAGAUCCGCGGCAAGACGCUCGGGAUCGUCGGCUACGGUCACAUUGGAUCACAGCUUUCCGUCCUCGCCGAGGCCAUGGGCAUGUCGGUCAUAUACUACGACGUCAUGACGCUCAUGGCGCUGGGCAAGGCAGUCCAGGUGGCCAAGCUGGAGGACCUGCUGCGCGAGUCCGACUUUGUCACGCUGCACGUUCCAGCCACUCCCGAGACCGAGAACAUGAUCUCAAACGUUCAGCUGGACCAGAUGAAGACCGGCGCAUAUCUGAUCAACGCCUCUCGAGGAACGGUGGUGGACAUUCCUGCACUGAUAAAUGCCAUGCGCGCCGGCAAGAUCGCGGGUGCGGCGCUUGACGUGUACCCGAACGAGCCGGCGGCCAACGGAGACUACUUCAACAACCAACUCAACACCUGGGGUGAGGACCUUCGCACCUUGAACAACAUCAUCCUGACCCCACAUAUCGGUGGCAGCACCGAGGAAGCCCAGCGGGCGAUUGGUGUCGAGGUUGCCGACGCGCUGGUGCGGUAUAUCAACCAGGGAGUGACGCUCGGCAGCGUCAAUCUGCCCGAGUGCAACCUCCGUUCGCUGACGCUCGAGGAGCCCAACCACGCCCGCAUCAUCUACAUCCAUCGCAACGUGCCUGGUGUGUUGCGCAAGGUGAACGAAAUCCUCGGCGAACACAACGUCGACAAGCAGAUUUCCGACAGCAGGGGCGAUGUCGCCUACCUGAUGGCGGAUAUCAGCGAAGUCAAGGAGGGAGACAUCAAGCAAAUCCACGAUGCCCUGGAGUCGCUGAGCUCGCGUAUAAUUACCCGUGUUUUGUUUUGA